UAUUUAGGGAAAUGUUAGGGGUUAUUAUACGUAAUUAGAUUUUUAGGGUUAUUAUUUUUCUUUUUUUUACACCUCACAUUCAUAAUAAUUUUCUUGUGUUUAAUUCAUGUGCUUGUUUAUACUUUACACCCAAUUUCAGAAUAUUUAAAUGCUGUUUCGGAAGACUUUUCCCUUGUAUUUCCAUGCAAAUCUCAUCUUAAGAAUGGCAUGUACAGCUCCUCAAAAGAAGGAUAUUCAGAAAGCUAUAGUUCAUCAAGAAGGCUCACGUAUUGCUAUUUCAUUUUCUUAUGAUUUUGGUACCAAAGUUAGGAAUUUUAACUUUAAUAGAGAUCAAGAUGAGAUUCUCUCUAGUGUACUGUUGAGAAUAAAGACAAAUGUCUUGAAAUACAUGGUGAGAAGAAAGAAGAGGAAAGUUAGUGAUGAAAAUCAAUCUUCAUCACCUGUUGAUUGCUCUGUCAAACUCUGUAAGUUGUCAGAUACCAUCAACCCAGUAGUUGGGAUCCCUUUUGGCUUCGAUCACAUGAAACUGCCAGAAGUUCAUGAAGCCACCACGUGUGUUGAUGCGUUUGUCAAAGGAAGUAGAAAUCGACUGCUAUUUAUUGAGCAUCAGCCAUACAUCCUUGAUGUAAACCCUCCAACAGUAGAUUCUUUGAUGCUGCCUAACUGUAUAAUGACUGGCUUUUUAUUGUACCCCAACAAUCUUCAAAUAAGAAAUGCCAAUCGAGAAGACAGUCUUGUACAAUGGUUUUUAUCAGAGCAAACCUUUGAGAGCUAUGAGGCUGCAAAAUUGGUAGCAGCCACGGCAAAAUGGCAAGAGCUUCCUACAGGAUUCUUUCUAAAUGUGGAUGAUAGUAUGAUUGACAAGGUUAUCAAGGUGGUUGUGGUGCCUUGCAGAGAUGGCCGCCUUGGAGUUGGUACUGAGGCAAUGUCUCGCUGCCUUGUUAAGCCAGGACCUAGGUCGUGCCCCUACAAGGAUCGCCAUCAGCACACCAAGGAGCUCAGCCCAAAGGAUAGUGUUCGUGUUGUGAGCUACAAUCUACUGGCUGAUACAUAUGCCAGUACGGAGUUCAGUGCGGAAAAUCUCUUUCAGAACUGUCCUGCCUAUGCUCUGGAGAUUGAUUAUCGCAAGCAGCUCUUCAUAGACGAGAUUCUUGGUUACAAUGCAGAUGUGGUGUGCUUGCAAGAGGUUGACCUGGACGUCUUUAAGUAUGACUUAUCAUGUGUGCUGCUGCUCAAGUCUGGCCUUUCUGGAGAAUAUUCUGCCAAACCAAGCACCAAAGAGGGAUGUGCCACAUUCUAUAAUAGCGCAAAAUUCAGGCUACUGGAAAACUUAUGCUUUGGGCUCAGUGAUGAACUGCAGAACAAUGUUGUACUUGCUGACAUUUUUGCUAAAAUCAAGAAAAAUGAAAAGCUUGCUGAACGUGUCACCUCUCGCAACACAGUGCUGCAGGCUUGCGUACUGGAGUGUCUGUCAUCAAGCGAGGACCAGCGGCAGUUGCUGCUAGUGUGCAACUCUCACUUCUAUUUCCACCCUGACGCCGACCACAUCAGGCUCCUUCAGGCCGGUAUAGCCUUCACAAUCAUCGAUCAGCUCGUCGCGAGACUGGAAGCUGAAGACGGUUGCGUUGUACGUGUGCUGUUCUGCGGUGACCUGAACAGCACGCCUGACACGGGCGUGUACCAGCUCGCUACGAUGCGACAUGUGAGCGCUACGCACGUGGGAUGGAGGAGUGCUGAAGGUGAAGAGGUGGUGGGCGUGGAGUUGCGCCAGACCCUCCCUAUGGCGUCUGCCUGUGGCACGCCCAAGUACACCAACUAUGCCAUGUCAUUCCAGGGCUGUCUAGACUGGAUCUUCUACCGCACUGACUCUCUUAGAGUCGAAAAUGUGGUGCCGAUGCCUUCUGACGAGCAAGUGAAGGCCCACACCGCCCUGCCAAGCCCUCUCUUCCCUAGCGACCAUCUGGCAUUGGUAGCACAGCUAACCAUUCUAGAGAUUCAGUCGAGCGCUUGAAUCAUUUUGAUGUAAGCAAGCGCUUCAUAAUUUACCAAUUAAAUUCUGCAGCCAACUUCAUUAGAAAUGAAGUUCACAAUUCAAAGUUUUCGAAGUUGAUAUGUUGAUCCAGGAAUAAUAUUAACAGCUUCUUCUAUAUACACUGCAGGAAUCUAUCUAAACUGUUAAGACAGUUCUACCUAACCUAAAUCUUUGAUUGAGAUAGUAGUUCAUGAAAUUUGAUAGUUAAGAGUUUCACGGUGUUGUUUGUCAUUUCUAAUUUUCAGCAGUUGAGAAUGUAAUUUUCAAAGCACCUAACUUAAUAACAGUGUGGUUCGUGACUUUGGAUUCAAUUUAAUAAUUUCAUUGAUAGAUCAGCUUGAAUAAUGAGCAACGUAUGAUGUAAAUAUUUAUACUAAUUAUCAGAGAUAAGCUCUUUCCACACCCAUGUUGAAGUAGAAGGGUUUGCACCUAUUUCAAUGAAGCAUUUGAAAAUUUACUAUCAUGCAGCAUGUAAAAGUACAAUUUUCUUCAA